AUGGCUAGCUUACAACACCCAUUUCAGUGCUUGCAAUAUGCCAAGCGCAACUCACAGGGCCUGUCAAAUUUGCUGAUUGCUGCUGCGGGGCGUCAUCUCUACACUUACGAUGCCACCAGUGGUCAGCGCCUGGACGUCUGGCCUCAAGAUGUAGGAUCGGCUGUGGAGCCUGCUUCUGAUGCAGCGCCCACUACAGAGGGCGACGCACCCCCUGAAAAAAGAAGAAAGCUAUCUCCUGCUUCUGAGGGCCAGCAGGGGCAGAAGCCCUCUGACAAGAAGCCUCUAACGGGUACCACCAUACCCCUCUUGGUGACUUCUCCCGAUGGCAAAUACGUAAUUGCUACGACUGGGGACGGCAAGACAAUCCAGGUCUUCGAACUGAGUGAUGAUGGGAAAUUCAAGGAAUUAAGCUCCCGAAUGAUGCCAAAGCGACCGAGUGCUCUGGCCUUGACUCCUGAUGGUCAAACAAUCCUUUGUGGCGACAAAUUUGGUGAUGUCUACUCACUGCCACUGAUCCCCGGCGAGUAUGUGAGGAGGAUCGUGGAGCAACCCGCCAUCCCGUCUGCCACCUCACUCACUGUCCACACCAAAGGUAAUUUGCGAACCCUGGAGAUGCAGAGACUUCAGGCAGAGAAGAAAGCCCAGACUGCGAAGCAAGAAACCGCCGCGCUCAACUUCGAGCACCACAACAUCAUUGGCCACGUUUCAGUGCUCUCGGACCUGAUCUCUGUAUCUGUGUCUGGGCGGAACUAUAUCCUGACUGGAGACCGUGAUGAGCAUAUUCGUGUGUCUCGUGGUAUUCCACAGGCGCAUGUGAUUGAGCAAUUCUGUCUGGGCCAUACUUCCCUCGUUAGCAAGCUCUGUGUCCCCUCCUGGGCACCUCACCUUCUCGUGUCCGGUGACACUGAUGGUAACUUAUUUUUGUGGGACUGGAGGAAUGCAGAGAUUCACCAUAACAUCUCGAUUGAGGAAACUUUGCAAUCGGAAGCUAUGGUGCGCGGUAUUUGGGAUGUUUCCCUUGAGCAGUCAGGUGCUUCAGGCCCAGUAAACGUAAUUCUGGUCAGCUUGGAAGGAUCUUCGCAGGUUCUCUGCUACACAAUCGAGGACAAUGCUCUCCGGGCCCAGGAUACCAUUCAGGUUUCUGGAAACGUCCUCGGUUUAGUUGGAAUCGAUUCACGGGGAACGGUUAUCGUAUCCGUGGAUACUGUCCGCGAACCUGGUUCAACUGACAUCUGGAAGCCUAGUUCUGGGGCCCUUCUCGAGUCAUUCCAGGUUAGCCUCGGUCCUGACGGCCUGAACUGUGCUCUGACUGAAGAUACAAUGGUGGUCAGCAUCAACUCGGUCGGUACCAGUGAUCUUCCCACUGGAUUGAACGAGAAACAACAGAAAGAGUUUAAUGAUUCCCUGUACAAUCUGGGAAACAUGAAGAAGAAACACUAUGAAGAGUAA